UAAUUUGGUCAUUGUUUGUCAUUGGUGCACCGUGGAAUCUGGAAUGGGAAUUCAGAAAUCAGAAUCGUGAUUUGUGACUGCCGACUGGAGAGUGGAGAGUUGACUACGUUAGAAUUAGUUCUUUACAGAAGUCAUAACAUACUAUUUAAGAAUUGCAGAAUUACAAAAGGUCUUUCCUCAAUAUGAAUACUUCCAUGUCAGCAAAGGAAAUAAGAGAUGCAUACAUUAAUUUUUUUCGAAGUAAGGGCCAUGUAUAUGUACAUUCUUCAUCUAUAAUACCUUUGGAUGACCCCACUUUAUUGUUUACUAAUGCGGGAAUGAAUCAAUUUAAACCCAUAUUUUUGGGAUCUGUUGAUCCCAAUUCUGACAUGGCUCAAUAUGUGAGAGUUGUUAAUACCCAAAAAUGUAUUCGGGCUGGUGGCAAGCAUAAUGAUCUUGAUGAUGUUGGUAAAGAUGUAUACCACCACACAUUUUUUGAAAUGAUGGGUAAUUGGUCAUUUGGAGAUUAUUUUAAGAAAGAAAUUUGUACAUGGGCAUGGGAGCUUCUCACAGAUGUUCUAAAGUUAUCUGGUGAUAGAUUAUAUGUUACCUAUUUUGGUGGAGAUAAGGCAUCUGGUUUAGAGCCUGAUCUGGAAUGCAAAAACAUUUGGCUCAGUUUGGGUCUUCCUGAAUCUCAUAUUAUUCCUGGAAGUAUGAAGGACAAUUUCUGGGAAAUGGGAGAAACAGGACCAUGUGGGCCAUGCUCUGAGCUGCAUUAUGAUAGAAUCGGAGGGCGAGAUGCGGCGCAUUUAGUAAACAUGGAUGAUCCUGAUGUUUUGGAAAUUUGGAAUUUAGUUUUUAUUCAAUAUAAUAGAGAGUUAGAUGGAUCACUUAAACCUUUACCCAAAAAACACAUAGAUUGUGGACUGGGACUUGAACGUUUAGUGUCUGUUAUUCAAAAUAAAAAAUCAAACUAUGAUACUGAUUUAUUUAUGCCUAUCUUUAAGGCUAUUGAGAUUGGAACUAAAACAAGACCUUAUUCUGGAAAAGUUGGAACUGACGAUUCUGACGGAAUAGAUAUGGCUUAUCGUGUUUUAGCAGAUCAUGCAAGAACACUAACCAUUGCACUGUCUGAUGGUGGAUGUCCUGAUAAUACUGGAAGAGGAUAUGUAUUACGGAGAAUUUUGAGAAGGGCUGUUCGAUAUGCUUCCGAAAAGUUAGGUGCAAAACCAGGAUUCUUUGCGACCUUGGUAUAUACUGUAGCGGAAUUGUUAGGUGAUGUAUUCCCCGAAAUUAAAAAGGAUCCAGACUCAGUCAUACAAAUUAUUAAUGAAGAAGAAAUUCAAUUUUUGAAAACUUUAUCUAGAGGUCGAAACUUGCUCUAUAGAACAAUCGAAAAAGUUAAAGACACGAAAGUAAUACCCGGUGACGUAGCUUGGCGCAUGUACGAUACUUAUGGGUUUCCAAUUGAUUUAACCUGUCUAAUGUGUGAAGAAAAAGGAUUACAAAUCGAUAUGGAUGCCUAUGAGAAAUCGAAAAAAGAGUCCCAACUAACUUCGCAAGGAAAAACAGGAGCCAAUGAAGAUUUAUUGGCGUUGGAUAUACAUGCUAUUAGUUACUUAAAAGAAAGCAAUGUGCCUACUACAGAUGACUCUCCAAAGUAUGACUAUCUAGCAACAUCUUUAGACAAAUAUGCUGAGUACAAAUUUACUCCAUGCACUGGUACAGUUCUAGCUCUACGUAAAAACAAAGAGUUUGUCAGUGAAGUUUCAUCUGGUGAUGAAUGUGGUGUUUUAUUAGAUCGAACAAACUUUUAUGCAGAACAAGGAGGACAAAUUUACGAUGAAGGUUAUAUGGUUAAAGUAAAUGAUGAAAGUGUAGAAUUCACAGUCAAUAAUGUGCAGGUUAAAGGUGGAUAUAUUCUGCACACUGGAAAAGUUGAAGGUUUAAUAAAAGUUGGUGACAUUAUGUCGUUAAAUAUUGAUACAGAAAGAAGAAGACUUAUUAUGAAUAACCAUACUGGAACACAUAUAUUAAAUGGGGUUCUAAGAAGAGUUCUUGGCAAUGAUUCAGAUCAACGCGGAUCACUUGUCAUGCCUGACCGUUUAAGAUUUGACUUUACUAACAAGGGUCCAAUGACUAUCGAGCAGAUAAAAGAAACGGAAAGUAUUAUCAACAAUAUAAUAAACGAAAACAAACGAGUAUAUGCAAAAUAUACAAAUUUAAGUGAUGCUAAAAAAAUAAAUGGUUUGAGAGCCAUGUUUGAUGAACAAUACCCAGAUCCAGUGCGUGUAGUUUCAGUCGGAAUACCAGUUGAACAACUUGAACAAAAUCCGAAUGAUCCAAACGGGUUUGAAACAUCAGUUGAGUUUUGUGGAGGUAGUCAUUUGCAUCAAACUGGUCAUAUAGGAGACUAUGUGAUAGUUAGUGAAGAAGGCAUAGCUAAAGGUAUCCGGCGAAUAGUAGCAUUCACUGGACAAGAAGCUUUAAAAGCUAUAAAUAAAAUGAGUGUUUUAGAAAAUGAAGUAAACGACAUAACUAACUAUGUGAAAGAACACGCAGAGGAUCUCAAUCAGAAAGAUACGGUUAAAAAAAUAGUGGACUUAACAAAUGAAAUAUCUCAAGCUCAGAUUUCUUAUUGGAAAAAAGAUGAAAUGAGAAAUAUACUUAGAACGUUAAAAAAGCAGAUAGAUGAUAAAGAACGUGCUGCGAAAGCGGCUACGUUAAAUCUUGUAACGGAAAAAGCGAAAGAACUUUGUCUUAAGAAUGAAUCAUCGUUAAUUAUUGUUGAAGAAUUAAAAGCCUAUAGUAACACUAAAGCUUUAGAUGGUGCUUUAAAACAAGUGAAACAAAGCCUUCCCAAUGCCGCAGCCAUGUUCUUUUCCGUGGACGAAGAUACAAAUAAAAUAUUUUGUUUAGCCGCAGUUCCUAAGAGUUUAAAUAGCAAAGGGCUACUUGCAUCUGAAUGGGUGCAAUCUGUUGUAAGUUUAUUACACGGUAAAGGAGGAGGUAAAGCAGAAUCUGCCCAAGCGUCUGGAAAUAAUAUAAAGGCUUUAAGUGAAGCAAUGAAGGUUGCCCGCGACUUUGCUUCUUCGAAAAUAUAUUAAAAGCGAAUAAACAAUGUAACUCAAUUAUAAUAAGAAUAUUUUCCCGUAAUUUAAACUUUUCGCAUAUUUAUUUUUAUUAAUUUAAUGAAUUCUUUCAAUUUUGCAUUUGAAUACAAUUUAGCCCCCUU